AUGGAAAAAAGUUCGCUCGAAACACACAAUCCGCUCCGGCAAAAUGCCCCGAGCCCACCAUACCCCGAUACAUACAAAGAAGUCGCAGCGUCAUACCCACUACGUCAAACAAUCGAACACAGCGUGGAUGGAGACAGCACCCUGCAAGUUAGUGACCGGGACUGCACACUAGAGUUCAGCGACCGGGACUGCAACCUGGAACUGAAUCAAUAUGCCGACGACAAACACACAGACAAGCAGGCUGAGGCCGGAGCCAGAGCUGCAGAUGGACACCAGGCAGAUGCGAGUGUUCGACAGUCUGCAGCAGCUGCAGAUGGGAAACAGGAUCUGGAGUCGCAGUCUGUGACAGGGACGGUCAUGCGUCAUAGGUCUCGUCGGCGGGAGUGGGUUAUCUUUGGUUCGGCUAUGGUGGCUGUUGUUCUUCUGGUCGUUAUAAUUGUUCCUUCUGCAAUCUUUGGGACUCGUCAGUCUAGGCCGCAGUAUAAGCCGCCUCCGAAUCCGUAUACUUCAUGA